AUGACGAAAGGUGCAUCCUCCGCUGAGGAAAAUAUAUUUGAAUGGAAAUUUGCCAUUAGAGGGCCUUGUGAUACUGAAUUUGAGGGUGGCAUUUAUCAUGGGCAGAUUCAGUUGCCCGCAGAAUAUUCAUUCAAACCUCUUUCAUUUAUGCUUUUGACAGUCAGAUCUUACUUAAUACUACAAGAAAAUGAACAGGGUAUAUUUGAUGCUAUUCUUUGUGGACGCAUUGAUUUCUCAUCGGAUCCUUGGCCUUCCAUAUCGAGCAGUGCCAAAGAUCUAGUUAAGAUGUUACAUGCUGAUGCUAAGGAAUGGCUUUCAGCAGUUGAAGUUCAGGUCAGAGGUGGCCAGCUAUGGGAGACUGAUGUCUACACAUAUGACUCAGAUCUUGUUGCAUGUUACUGUCGCCCAACAGCUUCUCCACCUCCGACAGCUAUACAAGAGUUGUGUGUAACCAUUUGUAUGCUUCAGAUUAGUCUGGAUGUUGUUUAG